ACCCAACCAUCGCAUCCUCUCUGCAGAUCAGAGCAGGGAGGGCUUCGUGUUCCGCAUCGCUCCCCUGCUUUAGUCGUGCUCUCCCACCAUCAUGGCACAGCAGCUUGCCCGGCGGCUAGAACCCCAUGGCCCGCACUGCGCUCAAGUGUCCAACACCACGUUGCCCUUGACCUUGACCGAGCAAGACCCCUUGCCCACUAUGUGCGACCUUCCCGUGACGGCCAUGCUGCAUUGGGAUCCUCCCACAGCUCAACUUGGCGUCUGGGUUCAACCCCAUUGCCGCUCAGACACUCCUCAGCCACCCAUCCUGUCCCAGCUUUAAUUGAAUACGAGCUCGUCUUCGCCGACCUGACUAUCCCCCAUCUAUCUCUUUGCUGUCUCCACUCUGCCUUCGCCCAUCGCGAAUGCCUCACGACGCUCUCCAACGGGGACUUGAGUCGAGUCAAAACCCUCUGGGACUGUAGUCACCAUCUAUCCGUGAAAUGGUUACCAUGUCGUCAAGACGCACCGUUUUGAGUGCGGAUCUGAAGGAGAGGCAUGUCAACAUGAUGGCCUUUUCCGCCUGCAUUGGCUUCGGCUUGUUCCUGAACAGUGGAAAGGCCAUCUACAUCGCCGGUCCUGGCCUUGCCAUAGUUGCUAUGGUGCUGGCCUGCUCCGUCAUGUGGGCAGUCGUGGCUUGCUUGGGGGAAAUGACAGCCUUGUUUCCCGUACAAGGACCACUUUUUGAAUUCCCAGGCCGAUUUCUGGAUGAAGCGGUGGGGUACGCGACCGGCUGGAUAACAUGGUUUGCCUGGGUUGUCAUUCUUGCGGCCGAGAUACUUGCUGUGGCUCAGCUAUGGAAAUUCCGUUUCGAGCCAGAGUACCUCAAAUCAGUGGGGUAUCCCGAAACUCAACUUGGGUGGAGUACCGAGGGAUACAGUCCAGCAGUGUGGGUGUUUUUAUUCCUCGUGCUCAUUGGCUUGAUAAACAUGCUACCCGUACGCCUCUACGGCCAGAUCGAGUACGUCUUCGGGGUUGUCAAAAUUGUCUUCAUCUCGCUCUUGAUCGUUUUUAAUGUCAUACUCUCCGCAAUACAACGAGUCCAUCACGACUCCCACUUCUGGACUUGGGAGAGGCCGUGGGGUUUCGCUUCCGACAGCAUGAUCGUCCACCCAUCGCACGAUACCGACCCAGGAAUUGUACUACGGGGUGAUGUGGGACAUUUUCUAGCGCUUUGGACAGCGACAGUAACUACACUAUUUUCAUUCGUGGGCUUCGAAACCAUCGCUAUCACUGCUCCGGAAAACAAAGAUCUGGAAAAACACGAAACCAUCAAGCUCGCGACCAAGAAACUCACCAUGCGCAUCACGAUCCUUUACAUUCUUGGAACCUUUGUGGGCGGUCUCAAUGUACCUUACGAUGACGUGAACCUGGUCAAUAUUCAGAUCAACAGUGUACGCGCCGGGCACAAUAGUGUGUUUGUUCUUGCGGCAGUCCGUAAUCACCUUCGGUACUGGCCAUCGAUUUUCAACGGAUUUUUCAUCUUCUCAGCGACAACAUCCGGAAUCAACGCGCUCUACAACUCAAGUCGUUUGCUACACGCACUAGCAAGUAUUCCUGAAGCCUGGCCGUUGUGGUUUCAAAAUAGCAGAAGACGGCUGGAAAGAACAACUGACAGAGGAGUCCCUCUGGGGACGGUUUUUGUUAGCUGGUGUUGCGGACUCAUGUCAUUUCUCGCCAUAAAACCAUUCCCCUCGGUUGUAUUGGGAAGGAUCACGAACAACGCAGUGGUCUCGGAGCUGAUCUGCUAUUCAGUCAUCUGUCUUUCAUAUAUACAGUUCUACCACAAGAUCAAAGACGCCGCCAACGAUCACACACUCGAGAAUCGAAAUGCAUUCAAUCGCGACGAUAAACAAUAUCCAUACCGCACACACGGUCAGCUUUUCCGCGCGUACUAUGGCUUUCUGUUCUGCCUUCUACUCAUUGCGUUCAACAACUGGCGCGCAUUCGUGGAUCCGUUUUCAAUGCCCGAUUUCAUAGCUUCCUAUAUCGGGAUCCUCGCGUUCUUUACCCUAAUAGCUGCCUAUCACGUCAAAUCGGAUGGAUGGAAUCCGCUGGAGUGGAGGCGUAAUGCUUCAAUGCAGAUCAAUCGCCCGCCUCCAAGAGUCGUGGUGCCGGGGCGUAGGAGAGGCCAUCUUGAUUUCCCUAACCCGAAGGCACCAAUAUGGGAACCUGAAAACGCAAAAGCGCUCAUAGCGUUCUCGUGGGGGUGGCUCAAAUGA